AUGCCUUAUGGAUGGUAUAUGGACGUUGUCAGUAUUGGUGGUUUAUGUGGAGAGUUCUGCACUGAAAAGUGGCCUCUUCCGGAAGUGCGCAAGGGUUACGCAUUGAUGGUGUUAGUGAUGCAGUUCAUAUUUCCAUUCGCAACAAUGGCUGUGUGCUAUUACACGAUAUUCUCCCAAGCUUCGCAAAGGACGGAGUCGAAACUGAAGAAGCUCAGCGAACGAUCACAGCUGUUGGAAAGUGCCACCGGGAACUCGUCACCGUCGACGAAAAACGACGGUGGACCGCACACGCUCACACAUGAAGAACAACAGCGUCUUUCAGUGCUGGCUUCUCAAAGAAGAACCACCACAAUUUUAGCCUCUAUGAUUAUCUUCAGGUGUUGCUGUUUGGGUUCACAUGGCUUCCACACAACUGUCUACACUUUGAUUAUCGAGUACGACGAAUCAUUUUUCCACAAUGGCGAAAGUGACAACACCUACAUCGUUUCGAUGAUCGCACACCUCAUUUCGAUGACGACAAACGUAGCAAACCCUAUACUCUAUGCAUGGCUUAAUCCAUCCUUCAAGGAAAUGCUGCUCACAUCCAUUAGAGGCAAAACAAGGAAACAGGACAAGCAAUCUGCCAAAGACACCAUUAUCCGGGUAACCAAACCAUCUGAAAGUACUCAGGAAAAGGCCUUCUAA